AUGGCGAUGAUGAUGGCUGGCCGUGUGCUGCUGGUGUGUGCCCUCUGCGUGCUGUGGUGCGGUGCUGCUGCGGCUUCUUCUGCUGCUGGAAGAGAGGAUGUCGUCACGGAGGAAGAUGAACAGACAAGGACUACGGAGGUUCUGCCGUCCGGGGGAAAAAAUAAAUCACAGGUGACUUCAGUAGAAGAAUCGACAGGUAAAAAAGCAGGAAAUGUAAAGACGCCAGAGAAUUCUCAAGCCGCUAUUUUGUCAACUACAAACGGACCUUCAGAUAAAAAACAAGAAGAUGAGAAAAAGAAAAAGGAAAAAGAGGGGGAUACGAAAGACGGCGAAGAUGAAGGAAAAGGGGAGGAAGAACGAGAGAAAAUUGAAAAACCACCUACACUACCACCACCUUCGGGACAAACAUCAACACCGACAACAAAUGGAAAUUCAGCAGGAACCUCAAAUGAAACAAGAGCGAAAGAAAUGCCCAGCACGGAUAGGGACUCCACCCAGGAACAAGUGCUCAAAUCACCGGCAGCACCAACAGCAGCAACGCCAAAAGCAAAAAAUGAAAACCCCGGCUCUGCAGACGCCGUUUUAGUGCAACAGGUACAGAAAGUUCAAAGCGGCCUGGAGUCAGGGACUGAGUCAAGAAAAGAAGAAAGUGUUCUCACCAAAAACAAACAACAGGAUGGAACAUUUGACAGCCAUGCCGAAUCAACUCCAACAUCACGCUCAUCAGAAAAAAGUGUUGCCGCCAGCAACGGCCCUGACAAGGCUACUGAAGACGAGAUUUCCAAUAAGAAUACAGCAGGUGUUGAUGCAGUACCAGAAGCAGCAAAAGAUGAUGGAAAUAAAGAUGAUAAUAAAAAAGAAACACCAAUAAAAACCACAGAUAUUGCAAACGGUACGGCUCCAACUGGCGACAGCGACAGCAGCACCGCGGUCCCCCACACCACCUCCCCUCUUUUGCUUCUUCUUCUUGUUGCGUGUGCGGCUGCGGCUGCUGCGGUGGCCGCGUGA